AUGACGAUGUUUGAGCUGACUCCGUCACGUUGUCAAGGCCUAGCCGGUCAACUUAAGCCUGAUUUGGAAAUGAUGGCUAUCUGCAAGGUGUCAAUACCAGGGCUAAAAUCGGGCAAGGAACAAACGUCAGAGGUGAAACGUGGGCGAGAUCCUAUUUUCAAUCAGGAGUUCUUCUUCGAUCAUGUCACAAUCGAGGAUCUCGACACGAAAAACAUCUCAAUCCAAGCGUUUCAUCAUGAGGGGGCUAAACUCGGAAAAGACCUGAUGAUCGGCGAGGCAAUGGUUCCUUUGCGAGAUAUUCGUGAGCUGAACGCUAAAAAGGAGGUGAAAAUCAUCGAGGAGAUCAAACAGACAGUGCCAAAGUCACUGACAAAUCAAUUGUAUCGUCGAUGA